GUCGAGUCUAAAGCACUUGGACUCUGAGGACUUGGCAGGCUGCUCUUUCACCUUCCUUUCUCCUGAACAGAUACCUGCACUUCAGGAGAACCCACUGGUUCCAAGGCAACAAAUAAAUGGCACCAAGACUGAGGAGCAACUGAGGACGAACUGACAGAGACGCAGAGAAGGAGAGAAGAAGAGAGGGAGAGACAGGAAGAGGGAUUCCCCCGUGUGUGGAGUAAACAGAGAGAGGCUGGUGGAGUGUCAGAUUGCUGCAGCCAUGACAACAUCAGCUGGACACGCGACAUGAUGUCUGAGCUCAGCUGAAGCUGUCCAUCCUCCUCCGGCCAUCCUCUCAUGGGGGAGGACAAAAAGAUGAGUGUCACUAGAUGUCGGUCCUUCAACCUUUUGGCCAUCAUUGUGCUCCUGUUUUCCUCAGCAGCUCUCUCGGCUCAUUUUCGGGUUUGUGAACCUUAUACUGACCACAAAGGCCGGUAUCAUUUUGGCUUCCACUGUCCUCGUCUGUCAGACAACAAGACCUACAUGUUCUGCUGUCACCACAACAACACUGCCUUCAAGUACUGCUGCAAUGACACUGAGUUUCAAACCAUCAUGCAGGUCAACCUCACAACCACAUUGGAUGGGUUUUCACACAAUAACUACACAGCACUGGUUGGAGUGUGGAUCUAUGGCUUUUUCGUCAUGGUGCUGCUGGCACUGGACUUCCUCUACUACUCAGCCAUAAACUACGAAGUGUUCAGGGUGUACCUGGAGAAGUGGGGGCUUGGGGGUCGCUGGCUGACGCAAGCUCGCAGUCAGUGGCAAAGGCCUGAGCAGGAGGAGAGUCAGGGGCAGCUUUCUCAUCCUGGAGCUCCAGCAGGAUUAUCACACCACCAACAAACACACUUUCACUCCCAGCCCAGACACAGCCUGAAGCCAGAGGCCCAGAGUCCAACACACACACCACACAACACAUCAAUCGCCUGAUGCCAGAUGAUCGGAGAACAUCUAAGAGGAAUGUUUAGAAGAAAAUAAAGUUUGUGCCUCAGACCUCAGAGAAUACCCCUCUUGGUAGUGAAUGCUGGUUCGAGCGCAUCUCCACUUCCAGCUGUCUCUCUUCAAGCACAACCAUCUCUAAUCAUCUGUUCUUCUCUAUGGAUUUCCCAUCAGACUCAGCCAGAGAAACACUAAAGAAUCACUGGCAUGUUUGGUUUGUACACAGAACACGGCAAUUAAGGGAACUACAUCAUAGCUUGAAUUUGUAGGGGAAAGAGACAAUGACGAAGACGAAGACAUCGACGACGAUGAUAAUAUGAGACUCUACUGAACUUUUGGAGGAUCUAAGGAACUAUAUUACAGCUUGUCUAGGGCAGGAACACCUUUAUAUUUAAUAUUUAUAUUGUUCACACAUUGUUUAUGACCUAAUCCUGGCUAAAUACUGUAACUGUGGUGGUAGGAGCUUUUGUUUUUACAUUAUUUAUGUAUUUAAUUUAGUGAUUAUUAUGAUAUUAUGAGGGAAGCCCUGUUAGGAACUGUUACUAUAAUAUUUUUUACUGUCUGACGUUCGACUUUCUGCUCCCUUGUAAAAUUUGGAAAGAUGUAUAAUAAUUACCCAAGAACAUUUCACAAGACACGAUGGUAUAUUUUUUUUUAGCAAUAUUUAAUUGUGAUGACGCAAACAAGCUGAAACUUUUGUGUCAUGGAUGGCAAAAGAUAUUUGUACUGUUCCAUAACAUGAAACCAGGUGUGAUCAUAGAUGUUGGAGUCAGUUGUGUUCACUUUAAUUGUUAGCAUAUCUGAUGGAGAUCUUCUGUUUACACAGUCAUUAAACUGUGGUGUUUGCAUUUCUUUUGUAAUCCAAGACUAGGAAAUGACUUUAAUGACCAAAAGUAGCAGCUUUCAUUUACAAUCCAUGUUUUAUCAGUGAAUCCAUGAGUAUGUGUAUUUAUUACUGUCAGACUGAAGUUACUUUAACAUCUGAAUGAAAUAAAAAAGUAUAAAAUAAUAAACAUAUCCCCAUCUUUGAGCAGUGCAGCAUAGUUAGACUUUUAAAAAAAAAUGUAGUUGGCAUAACUUCUGAUUUUAUAUUAUUAAGUUAGAGCUUAAUAACAAACAUGUAUACGAUACAUCGCACCGUUAUGUAAAAGUAGAAAAUAACGAGUAUCAUAAGGAACAUGUGACUGAUUAAGUAAUUAUUGUAAUCCAGCAACCCAUGAUUAUGGUAAAUAAGCAUCAAAUAUAUCUGAUAAAGCUGAAAUCCAAUUAACUGUUUUCUAGAGUGGAACGGUAUUAUCUCAUGUUCCACCUUGACAUUCGCUGCAGUGAUUAGCUCAUGCUGGGAUUGCAGGAAGGAGAUGGACACAGAAUGAAAGGGUUGAAAAUAAAUUUCAAGCAUAUCUGAAGCAGGAUGGUAAUUUAAUUGGAGAUAGGAGAUUAUUUGUAAUUCGGUCUGGUCUAGUACACAGACUGCUAGGCUUGAUUCAAUCUAGAAACAUCCUUUACGGUUUGGGUUUCAAUUCAACAAAUGUCAAGCUUUUUAGUAGGUAUAUCAGGUGCAAAGUCGUUAGUCUAAUAUUAAUAAAUUACUCUCCUCGGUUUCCACAAACAGGGAACAGCUUGACGUUGUUUAUUUAUUUAUUUUUGUUUGUCUUUUUUUUUUUUUCAAGACAGCCUGUCUUGGCAACAGUUGCCUUAGUAAAUCUAUACUUGUACACAGCAGCAGUGUAGCUACUGGUACCUUCAAGCAGGGUGUAUGGUGUUCCACACACACGCAUCCACCCACAAACAUGAAGGCAACAUGCCACACAUAUGUGUCAUCUUGUGUUUUGUUAUUUGGUAGACUGUAAAGCCUUGUACUUGCAGUUGUUAACUUUGUACUGUCACAAAUGGACAUAGUAAAGAUCUAUCUU